GGUGAAACCCUGCGCAUCCUGCGCCAGGUCAUCAACAAGUACCCGCUGCUCAACACCCUGGAGACCCUGACGGCCGCCGGAACCCUCAUCUCCAAAGUCAAGGGUUUCCAUUACGAAUCCAACAAUGAGACAGACAAGCGGGAGUUUGAGAAGGCCGUGGAGACCAUCGCAGUGUCCUUCAGCAGCACUGUGUCCGAGUUCCUCAUGGGGGAGGUGGACAGCAGCACCAUCCUCUCCAUCCCACCCAGUGACCAGAACCAGUCUAUGGAGAGCCUCUACGGGGGGAUCCCUGGGCCUGGAGGAGACGGCAUGCCUUCAGGCAUGGAAAGCUAUGACACAGGCCGUCCUCCUGCCGAGGAAGUGGACGUGAUGCUGCAGCGCUGUGAGGGGGGGGUAGACGCUGCCCUCCAGUACACCAAGAACAUCUCCAAGUACAUGAAGGACCUCAUCGGAUACCUGGAGAAAAGGACCACGCUGGAGAUGGAGUUUGCCAAAGGGCUUCAGAAAAUGGCAAACAGCUGCAAGCAGACCAUCAGUCAGGAGACCAACAUGCCUUUCCUGUCCAUCUACCUGCUGGCCCUGGAGCAGGAUAUGGAGCACGGGACAUCGGUUCUGCAGGCUGCCAACACACUGCAGCACCAGACCUUCCUCCAGCCGCUAACAGUGAGACGCCUUGAACAUGAAAAACGGAGGAAGGAGAUCAAGGAGCAGUGGCACCGGGCGCAGAGGAAACUGCAAGAGGCAGAGGUCAACCUGCGCAAGGCCAAGCAGAUAUACAUGCAGCGCAGCGAGGAGCACGACAAGGCCAAGUACAUGGCAGUGAAAGCGGAAGAAGAGCAGCAGAACACCACCAGCAGCAUCACCACCAAAACCCUGGACAAGAAGAGGCGGCUGGAAGAGGAAGCCAAGAACAAGGCAGAAGAGGCGAUGGCCACGUAUCGGACCUGUGUGGCGGAUGCAAAUACCCAGAAGCAGGAGUUGGAGGAUACCAAGGUGAACUCCUUGCGGCAGAUCCAUGAAGUGAUCAAACAGAGCGACCAAGUCAUCAAGACGGCCACGAUCUCCUUCUACCAGAUCAUGCACAUGCAGACGGCUCCACUGCCCGUCAACUUCCAGACACUGUGCGAGAGCAGCAAGCUCUACGACCCCGGGCAGCAAUACGCCUCUCACGUCAGGCAGCUGCAGCGUGGGGAUGAACCCGACAUCCAGUACGACUUUGAGCCCUAUGUGUCGCACAACGCCUGGUCCCCCUUUACUCGGGCACGGAAAGGCAGCUUCAAUGCCAAUGACUUCUCAACGAGCGCUGGCGCUGACGGGGCUGGGCUGCCCAAGGACGGGACCGUCUCCGCAGGAGGGGCAGGGGCCAAGGGGUAGCAGAGCGGGGCUGUGGCAGCCGAGCGGAGAGGUGAGGGACACCAGGUCCACAAAUCCUGGCCAACCUCUGUUACUGAAGUUGACAGCAGCCUGGAUUCCAAUGCAGGUGAAUUCAGCCAAAAACUCCAGCGGUUGUCUUCCAACGGCACCAUGUCCUCCAGCGAAGAGCUGGAGGAGAAGGAUGAGAACGCCACCCCCUUUGAGCAGAGCAUCAACGGCAUCACCCCAGAGAUGACUGCUCCAACGGGGCCCUUCCGAAACGUUGGCUUAUCCAAGGCUGCCCAGACUCAUCGGCUGAGGAAGCUCCGGACCCCUUCCAAGUGUCGGGAGUGCAACAGCUACGUUUACUUCCAGGGAGCAGAAUGCGAGGAGUGCUACCUGGCCUGCCACAAGAAGUGUCUGGAAACCUUGGCCAUCCAGUGCGGGCACAAGAAACUCCAAGGGAAGCUGCAGCUUUUCGGGCAAGACUUCACAAAGGCUUCUCAGAGUAGCUCAGAUGGCAUCCCCUUCAUCAUCAAGAAAUGCAUUUCUGAGAUUGAGAAGCGGGCACUGAAAACCAAGGGCAUCUACCGAGUUAAUGGUGUCAAGACCCGUGUGGAGAAGCUUUGCCAGGCAUUUGAGAACGGGAAGGAGCUGGUGGAGCUGUCCCAGGCCUCCCCCCAUGAUAUCAGCAACGUCUUGAAGCUCUACCUGAGACAG